ACAGCUGCUGAAUUUUCACAGAGCCCUCUCUCGCAGCGCUUAGACGACCAGCACUUCACUCUCCAUUAUUUAAUUUAAUCUACCUGUAUCUGAUAUUUUCGUGAGACUCGUCGCCUCUUACAGAUCAGUCCAGGAUCAAGAUACUGAAUGUGAAACUAUCUUAAGCGCGCUCUCGAGCUCAGGAGUGAACUCACAACAGAAGUGAAAGUAUGAUGGCCUCGGAGCUCCUUGAGUUAAAUGUAACUCCACAAUAUAAAUGAAGAGAUAUUUAAACGGUGUGUGGUGACAACCCUCUACACGUCGUUUAUACAGCUUCUGGAGCGCAUGAUGGAAAUUAGGUAUUCACAGCUGUGUUUUCUACCUGUGUUUCUGUUUAUAAAUGGAGUGUCUCUGCAGGAGACUGUUGAGGGAUUUAUUGGAGGAUCUGCUGUUUUACCUUGUUCUUCUAAAGAACCACCGCUCACAGUUCAAGACAUAGAUCUAGUGCGCUGGAUAGAGAAGGCCAAAGGCCAGAAUGUGUAUAUCAUUAUUAAUGGUCAAGUCUCUGUGGAAGGACAGGAUCCAGUGUACAAGAACAGAGUUGAAAGUUUUCCUGAGGAGUAUCUGAGAGGAAACUUCUCCAUCAAACUCAACAAUCUUCAACACACUGAUGCAGGACUAUACAAGUGCUACAUCAUCAUGAAGGAACCAGUAUUCAAGAGUGUUGAACUUUUCACUCGAGAGAGACUAGAAAGGCAAAUCCCCAGUGAAGGCACAAAACCAAGACCAGAGAAGACUGUUAUGAUCAUUUCUGCUCUGUUUAUUGGUAUUAUAUCUUCAUUGAAUAACUGUGUCACAGGGGUUUCUUCAUAAAUCAGUGUCCCAAGCCUGGAUAAAGGAGGAGGAGCUGGAGAACUACUCGAUAUAUUCACUACAAUAUCAUAGGAGCAGGUGCUUCUCGUCACCUGAUGUCUUCAUGAAUGAAUGUCAGCUGAGAGAGAGAGAGAGAGAGAGAGAGAGAGAGAGAGAGAGAUCGGGAAAGAUCCAGGAGCCGGGAUUCAAGUUCAGGACGCCAGCAGCGCAGCGGCUCUGUGUGACGGCGCCAGCAAUAUAUUUAACUUUUCUGAACUAUCUUGUACAGUUAGAAAUAUCAUGUUAUUAACAGGAAAUACAUAUUCAGAAAUGUUUUUACAGGAACUACUCAAUGUUUGAAUCAUAUAUAGUAAUAUAGUAUCACUUGUUUUGUACGGUUUAUAUAUAGUUUAUAUAAUUAAUUGCAGAUUUAAAUAAAAAAUAUGUAUAAUUAAAGAAUAUUGUAUUUAUUUUCCCCCAAUAAAUUAUUAAAUCUGAUGAAAAUCAUCAACAUUAAACAACUCAAAAGUAAAUCACACCACUGACAAAUUAGAUGGAAAUGUGCUUAAAUUUUAUGAAAACAUCACAAAAUCUUUAAAAUAAUCUUAGGCCCGGUUUCACAGACAGGGUUUAGACCAAGCCAGGAUUAGGCCGUAGUUCAAUUAGGAUGUUUAAGUCAUUUAUAUUAAAAUGCCUUAGAAAAAAACAUUCCUGGUGUGUAUCUUGAGACAUUAAAGAAACUGAAAUAUUUUAAGAUUAGUGCAUGUUUCUUUCAGUUGAAACCUCUCAGAUUUACAUUUUAGUCUGGGACUAGAUUUAAGCCCUGUCUGUGAAACAGAGGGUUAUAAUGUCUUACAAUUAGGCCUAAUGUUUAUACAGAAUAUAA